AUGUCUAUGCGCCACCUCCCCCGCCAGCCAGAGCGGGAUGUCCGUAUGCACGACCCGUCUCCAUUGCAGUCACACCCUCACGCCCACCCGCUCAUCACCCACGGACCCCACCUCAACGGCAAUGCUCCCGGUCCCACCACGCCCGCCGCCGCCUCCAUCGUCUCACCCACUGCCGGCGCUCCCAAUGGCGUCCAGGCCCCAACUACAGUCAUGCAGAAGCUCGCUGCAGCCAACGAGCAGACUUGGCUCCUCAUCGGAAGCGUAGCAGAACAGAUGGGAGACCUCGAACAUGCCCUUUCCGCCUAUGAGAAUGCCCUGCGGCACAAUCCGACGUCCCUGUCCGGACUUACUCAAGUCGCUGGCAUCGCCCGGAUCAAGGAGAACUAUCCCAAGGCUGUUGAUUUCUUCCAACGUGUGCUUGGUUUGCAAGAGGAGAAUGGCGAGGUAUGGAGUGCUCUAGGGCACUGUUAUCUCAUGCAAGAUGACCUACAGAAGGCUUAUUCUGCCUACCAGCAGGCAUUGUACCUGUUACCAAAUCCCAAGGAGGAUCCUAAGCUUUGGUACGGCAUCGGAAUACUCUACGACCGAUAUGGGUCCCUCGAUCAUGCCGAAGAGGCCUUCUCUUCGGUCUUGCGCAUGGAUAAAGACCUAGAUUUCGAUAAAGCGAACGAAAUCCUGUUUCGAUUAGGCAUAAUCUACAAGCAGCAAGGCAAAUACGACGAAUCCCUUGCCUGCUUCGACCGCAUUCUCCGCAACCCUCCUUCCCCUCUUGCACACGCCGACAUAUGGUUUCAGAUCGGUCACGUUUACGAACAACAGAAAGACUACGUCAAGGCAAAGGAUGCCUAUGAGCGUGUAGUCGCCGACAACAGUGGUCAUGCCAAGGUGCUGCAACAGCUCGGAUGGCUAUACCAUCAAGAUGGGUCUUCGUUUCAGAAUCAAGACCUCGCUAUCCAAUACUUGACGAAAAGUCUCGAAGCGGACUCUUCGGAUGCCCAGAGCUGGUACCUCUUGGGUCGUGCUUACAUGGCGGGGCAAAAAUAUAACAAGGCCUACGAAGCAUAUCAACAAGCCGUCUACCGCGAUGGUCGCAACCCUACGUUCUGGUGUUCUAUCGGCGUUCUAUACUUCCAGAUCAAUCAAUUCCGUGACGCUUUAGACGCUUACUCGCGAGCCAUCCGAAUCAACCCUUACAUCUCCGAAGUGUGGUUCGACCUUGGCAGUCUCUAUGAAAGUUGUAACAACCAGAUCUCCGAUGCCAUCGAUGCAUAUGCCCGUGCGAGCGAGCUCGAUCCCGGCAACAACGUUAUUUCCCAGCGCUUGCAGUUGUUGAAGACUGCACAGGCUACCGGCGGCCAGCUUCCUGCUGCUCCGGGUCCCCAAGAUGUUCAUCCCACAGCAUAUGCUAGUGCUGUUGUUCCGCCACCGGGAUUGACAGGUCCGCCUCUACUUUUACAGUCUGGUGUUCCCCGUCCGCCAUUCCGUACCGACUCACGAGGACCAACAGACAUAUCCUUGCCGCCGCCUUCACAAGUAGGCGUUGGGCGAUCAUCGCCUGGUCCUUUCAGAGGUGGUCCACCACCGCCUGUAGUUCUUGAUGAGACACGCCACAUUCCUUCUCAUACCCCACUCGCACCAAUGGAGAUCGAGCGACCAGCGCACUCACGCGAUUUUCCCAGCUCUUCCCGGGAUGCCGGCCCGCGUGGACAUCAAAGUCUAUUACUUCACCACCCCCUUCCCCAGCCUGGAGAAGAAGGUCGGAAUGGUGUUCACCCGCAUCAUCCGGACUCGUACUUCUCGCGACAACCGCGCCCACAAUCACGCUCGAUUUCACCAGGUCAUUCGGCACGGCAACGAAGUCCCCCACCCUUUCCACCAUUCCCGCCUCCCGGUGGACGGCAUCCCAUAGGUCCUGCUCAACCUAGUUCGGGCCCAGUCCAGAGGUCGCCGCGGUCAUACCCGGCACAUGAACCUCCAGCUAGACCCGUAGAACAGGAUGGAGCAUGGGAUAGACGGCCAAACAAUGAUAUUCGAGACUGGGAAAGGGAUAGGAGGAUGCUUAGGCAUUCCGGUGGUGAAUACCCCGGUGGUUACCCGCCACCUUACCCGCCUCGUUCGCCUCCCAGUGCGCAUCGCGGACGGACCCCUCCUGAGGCUUCUCCACGUUCGGCGCAUCCGUCCAGGUAUUGGGAGAAAGGCGGACAUUCGGUCAGUCGACCGUCGCCCCCUCCACCUCCACCGAAUGAUUCGAUGAGACGGUAUGAUCCUCGAUACGAGGUACGGGAUAAUGGUCGGGAGAGAGACUAUGAUAUGGAUGCACGAAUGGACCAACGAUCCUUCCCUGGACCACCAGAUGAAGGGCGACGAGGAAAUCAUUUUGCGUCCAGCAGCAACCGUAGUUCGGAGAGUCCUCACCCGGAUGGCAAGGGACGAAAGAGGCCUUCUUCGAAAGAUGACACUGAGGCCGCACGUCGCGAAAGGAGGAGAAAAAAUGGGAGCAUCAGCGGUGUUAGCCCCAACGGGAACGGCAAUGGGCUUCCCAAGCGUCGAGAAGAAGGUCUGGAGACACCGACACCAAAGCCAUUCGUGGUUGAGCGGGUUGAGCGUAUGCAGUCGAGCGAUCGUAUGCCUCCCAACUUCAAAGGUUAUAGCAAGGAUCAUGGCUCUCCUGGCCCUGUCAGCUCGAACGGUUCGGGUUCUUCGACCAGACCUUCACCUACAAGUGGUGCUCCCCGACCUCCUUCUCGCGUCUUGGAUGAGGACUACGAUGAAGGCGUCGACGCUCUCAUGGGGCUUGCAGCUGAUUCGUCUAACGCACCUGUUCCUUCCCAUUCACCGGCGGUAUCUACUUCGAGCCGGCACAGCGACCCUUCAUCUCGCUCUCAUCUUAUGCAUCGUGACUCUGUUUCAUCUACACGAAGUCAUGCCUCGCCUCCUCUCCUUUCUGCCCCUCUGAAGCGACCCUUGAGCCCUGGUGUUGACGAAUUGUCAGACGCCAAGCGCUCAAGGAUGGACCUGCACAAGCGUCGUGGAACCUCUCCGCCUACUCGUCAUGCACCUUCCUCGCGUCCAUCUCCCAUUCCUUUCCGUACACAGCCUACAUCUCGCUCGCCUGAAGCUCAUUACCCACCAAGUCCGCCGUUGCCUGCAGUGCUUCCUCCACACCCUAGGCCUAUUGGUUCAGGGUUGUCGAAUGGUUCUGCCCCGAUUGCGUUGCCUCCGAUCGCCACCCUCUCUCCGACGUCGACAGCUCCCUCACCGAGCGGUACGGAGCGAGACAGAGACGACAGGAUGCAGGUAGAUAACCGGUCCAUAUCGCCACCGCCUCGUAGUAAGAUGCCGGAAGCUGGUCGGUCUCCGCCAAAAGCGACGCCUUCGCCGCCUGUCGUAGAGAAGAAGGAGCCGUCUUCAUGA